AUUAUCAGUUCUGUUUUUUCAUAGCCGUCUUACAGUUCUACAAGCAAUGGAUGUUACUUGCUGUGGUUCAUAACUCUUAGAUGAUGUGACAGUUUCUGCAUGAGAAGCUAAAAGAGAAAUCCCAUGCUUCUGACUUUUUUCUGGUUUCAUUUUUUACUUCUCACAGGAAGAGCAUUACAUUUCACGGUUGAUGUUCUCAUGGCCUCAGGUAUCAUGUGUAUCAGGUUUUCCAGCAAGAGGAAGCAGAGCCAUCCUCGUGAGCUAUAGGGAUUCUGUUGGCCAGAUUCAGAAAUUCAUCCUGCGGUUUUUGACAAUCUAUGAGAUAGAGAAUUUCAUGAAUGUUUUAAAGGGAAAGUUGGACAAUGCAAAUCCUCAACCUCUUCCAUGUGCUGAAUUUGAUUCAGCAAUAUCUUCCCAAUCUGAGUUUAAUCCUUUGGAUGGAGCUUCACACAGGGACAACGAAGGAUGGAUAUGUGCAGCUUCCGGUGACUCUACUCCCCAUUACAUGCCUCUGACCUUGGCACCUGAAUUUUCUCAAGAUUCACAUAAAGAGGAAAUGAAACUAAGUCGUGAAGCUGACGAGAUUCUUUCAGCUUUUCCUCCCAGUUUCACCUCCUUCUUGACGAACUGCUGCCCUGAAAUUGAUAAAGUUGCUGCACAGUCAAGUAUGACGAAGGAGGUUGACCUCAAAGACCAAAUUGCGAAAUAUCUUGAAGAUUCUUCAUUCCAAGAUAUGCUGGUCAAAAUUGAGAAAGUCAUCCAUGAAUUGGGAGAUAAUACAGUACUGUAGCUGCACCAAGAGGCUGACACAUAUAUAUA